CUCUGCUGCUGUCAGUGGAACAGCCCUGGAGUUGGGAGUGUGAGCCCUGAGACUAGAAGGGGGGUUUUCUGUCAUCUCAUCUGCCAUUCAGUUUUCCCGCAAAAUGACUCAGAAUCUGGAAAACAUCUGUCGGAAACCCGGCCUGCAGAUAUGGUCCAUGGAGAAAAUGAAAAUGGUUCCCAUUCCUGAGAAGGCCUACGGAAGCUUUUUCGAAGGCGACUGCUACAUCCUCUUGUAUAACAAACAGACCCCCAAUGGCUUGAUCAGUGAUAUUCACUACUGGAUAGGGAAGGACUCCUCCCAGGAUGAGCAGGGCUCGGCCGCCUUCUACGCCACACAGAUCGACGGGCUCCUCGGGGGAGGCCCAAUCCAGCACCGGGAAGUGCAAGGGCACGAGUCUGCCACCUUUAAAAGUUACUUCAAGAAUGGCGUCAUCUACAAGAAAGGAGGGGUGUCGUCGGGGUUCAAGCACGUAGAGACAAACAUGUACAACAUACGGCGCCUGCUCCACGUGAAAGGGAAGAAGCACGUCACUGCCACCGAGGUAGCGAUGUCCUGGAACAGCUUUAACAAAGGAGAUGUUUUCCUACUGGACCUCGGCAAAGUGAUCAUCCAAUGGAACGGACCUGAGAGCAACAAGUCUGAGAGGAUCCGGGCCUGUUCCUUAGCGCAGAGCAUAAGAGACGACGAAAGAGGAGGAAGAGCCCAGAUUGGGGUCAUAGACAACGAGCAGGAUUCCCCCGAUCUCAUGCAGAUCAUGGUGGCAGUGCUGGGGGCACGGGCGGGGGAGCUGAAAGAUUCGGUUCCAGACGAGAAAGCGGAUGAGCAACAAAAAGCAAAUGUCAGACUCUAUCAUGUAUUUGAGAAGGACGCCAAUUUGGUGGUACAAGAACUCGCCACAAAGCCCCUCACUCAGGAUCUCCUGCAGCACGAGGACUGUCACAUUCUGGACCAGGGCGGAGUGAAGAUCUACGUUUGGAGGGGUAAAAACUCCAGCCCGGAGGAGAAGUCGGCAGCUUUCAGCAGAGCCGUGGGUUUCAUACAAGCCAAGGGCUACCCCCCGACUACCAAUGUGGAGGUGGUCAACGAUGGCGCUGAGUCGGCCAUGUUCAAGCAGCUGUUCCAGAACUGGAGGGACGUCGGGGAAACACAGGGCCUGGGAAAGACUUUUAGCGUCGGCAAAAUCGCCAAAGUGGAACAAACGAAAUUCGACGUGAACCAGCUCUAUGCCCGCCCGGAAUUAGCCGCCGAGCAGCGGAUGGUGGACGACGCGUCUGGGAACGUUGAGGUCUGGAGAAUCGAAAAGCUGGAACUGGCAGAGGUGGAACCCAGGACCUACGGACAGUUCUACGGGGGAGACUGCUACUUAAUUCUCUAUACGUAUAUGAAGUCUGGGCGGCCCAAUUACCUUCUCUACAUGUGGCUGGGCCGUCACGCCAGCCAGGAUGAAAUUACAGCGUGUGCGUUCCAAGCCGUCCAACUGGACAAGAAGUACCAUGACCAACCAGUCCAAAUCCGAGUCACUAUGGGAAAGGAACCCAGACAUCUGCAGGCCAUGUUCAAAGGGAAAAUGAUUAUAUAUGAGGGUGGAACGAGUCGAUUGGGGGUGCAUGAACCAGAGGCACCAAUCAAACUGUUCCAAGUGAAAGGAACCAAUGAGUACAACACCAAAGCCACAGAAGUCCCGGCAAGAGCAUCUUCCCUUAAUUCCAACGAUGUGUUUGUGCUGAAGACGGAGUCUAUGUGCUACCUCUGGUGUGGCAAGGGCUGCAGUGGGGACGAGCGGGAAAUGGCAAAGACCGUGGCAAACAUCAUCUCCAAGCAGGACAAGCAGACCAUCCUCGAGGGCCAAGAGCCCGCAGAAUUCUGGGUCGCCCUCGGAGGGAAAGCCCCCUAUGCAAGUGAUAAAAGGUUCCAGGAGCAGGCAGUGCAGUACUCGCCUCGGCUCUUUGAAUGCUCCAACCAGACCGGCCGCUUUGUGAUGACGGAAGUGGUGGAUUUCUGCCAGAGUGACCUGGAUGAGGACGACGUCAUGUUGCUGGAUACCUGGGAGGAGAUUUUUCUCUGGGUUGGUAAAUCAGCGAAUGACUAUGAGAAGACGGAGUCGGUUAAAGCAUCGCAGGAGUAUCUGAGGGCACAUCCUGCGGGACGGGACUUGGCCACACCCAUCAUUCUGGUCAAACAAGGACACGAACCUCCCACCUUCACCGGAUGGUUCAACGCUUGGGAUUCCCAUAAGUGGAGUUCGGACCUGUCGUAUGAAGACAUGAAGAAGACCUUGGGUGAUGUCUCGGCAAUCUCACAGAUUAGUGUGGACCUUCAAAACACCAACCUGAACAAGAAGAGCACGAGCAAUGCCCCCCCCACGAGCAGUGCCCCCCCCACGAGCAGUGCCCCCGAGAGUGUCCCCAUCCCCAUGUACAGGUCCCACAGCCAAGAGAACCUGCAGUAUAACAACGGUCACCAAGCAACGACCAAUGGGAGCCAGGUUCCGAACCAAGUCAAACAGAACCCCGAGCCCCUGCCGGAGAGCAACGGCAACCAAUGGUUUGACAGAUCUUUCCUGAUCAACAAGGUCACAGAGGACUUGCCCGACGGAGUGGAUCCAACCAAGAAGGAGAUGUACUUGUCCGACGCAGACUUUGCCGCCAUUAUGGGGAUGCCCAAAGCACAGUUCUACCAGAUGCCAAAAUGGAAGCAACAAAAUCUGAAGAAGCAACACGGGCUGUUCUAGAGAAAUUGCUUCGCUGACGAACUUAAUGGUCCCUCCCCCAGCCCCGCCCCCCUUUCCCCUGAAAUAUGUUUAUUUACAAGAAGCCCCGCCUUCCCCUUAUGCUUUAUACCCCGUGCCAGCGCAGUCAUGUGACUAAUGUGUGAGGAGCCCUGACUUCGCCGGUGCCAUAUUGUUACUGGAUGUUCAUAGGUGGAGCAGAGGAGGCGGGAUCAUAUGAGGGCAGCCAUAUUGCAUCGCUGUAAGGGUCACUGCACAUCGUCAGGCAGCCACGUGCAAAAUAAAUCUAAUAAUAUAUAAA